AUCUUCAAUCCGCCAACUUCGUCACGAAGUCCUUCAACCGCUCCCCCGUCUCUCACUCCCCUUUAUUCUUCCUUAUUCCUUUACCCCACCUCAUUUUCCUUCAUUCACUUAGAUUGCUUUAUCCUUCCCCCUCUUUACCUUGUGCCAUCCCUUUCCCGAUAGCCUAGUUUCUACUAACCGUCUCUGUUUAAUCCAACCUUCGACUCAUCUAUAGCUUCAUCUUUUUUUUUUCGGUUCGCCGGACGAUGCGGCUUUAGCUGCCUCAUUCAGCAGAGACCCGCUUCUUCGUUCGCUUCAUCGCCCUCCGCUACGUGCGCUGCCUCGCCGGUAAUACACAACCAUGAACACAAAUGGAGAUAUCAUCUUUGGACAGGGGCGAAUCCCCCCAGUAGACGUGGACGAUGCACUGCAAUACACUCCGUUAUCUUCUGUUGUCCCCUCAACCUCAGGUAAUGAGCCUUGCCGGAUUCACAGCUGGGACCAAUUGUCGCCUCUCACGGGGGGUUAUCGGGGGUAUAGAGUACUGACGAAUAUUUGAAUCUAGAGAUAAUACCAUUGCCCCUUCUCCUGCCGAACGGAACCGGUCCCAUCUUUCAAUCCGAGGCGGAACGCCGGUCGUCUAGGCAGACACUCGAUGCCUUGGACAGGGAAGCCUUAGCAGACCCAAAUUCAAAGUUUGUACGAAAGACACUCCAUGAGCUGGCUGCGGCGAUCAGUGCGCCGGGCGGGACGGAAUUGUGAGUGCUCUGUGGAAAACGGGAAUCGACGGUAAGUUUAUGGUGGCUAAUUCUGUACCCAUGUGGAUAGUCGGUUCAAGUCUUUUGUUACAAUGGAGGACCCUGCGACUCCGAAAGAGCCCAUAACAAGCAGCAUACUGAAACAUCAGGCAAUCGGAAAGUUCGGGGAGAUGGUGAUAAAUAGAAGCAAUGUGAACUUUAAAUGUACGAAAUUGUUCUAUGUUUUCUAAAACAGAUAAAUCCCUUCCCUCCCCGAUCUAACUCUAGUCUUGGAUUCUAACGGACGAGUAGACACUAAUUCGCCUCCUCUCACGUUUACACAUAUUCGAAAGUCUGCACCUCCUCCUUCCCCAGCGCUCGCAUAUACCCCGGUAACUGGGUACACUCCAGCCCCUGGGUACGCCCCGACAACCCCCACUUAUAAUCAGUACGAUAGCAGUGUACCACGCAACUCGAUAUCCAGCGCUUCCCCACAGGCGCUUGGGUCUCAUCUAGCUGUACCACAGAUAAAUGGAUACUACCGACCUGCCCCACAAUUUUCUGAUCUGUCUAUAACUCCCAAGCAGGAGCAUGUGCAGUCAUCAACGACACCUGGCAGUUUCCAAAAAGCUGAUGCAGUCAAAAUACCGCCACCACCAACUACUUUUGAUCGGUCUCAGUAUGUAAAACAUGCUGAGAUUGAUCGGAGGUUUCGUGGGGCUAAACCACUUGGGCAGGGUUCAACUUCAAAGAGCCGGAAGCGGAAGCGAUCACAUUCUAAUGCCGAGGAUGGGGAGACACUUGGUCCCGGUGUAGAUCAGAGAGCAAAGGCUGAAAGCCUACUUAAGGGCUUGCAAGGGUUCCUUGCCACAAUUUUUGAAGCUGAGGAUAACCUAUCCCCAGAUACGUCUAAUCGUACCUUUGAUAAAAACGCGAAGAUUUGGAUGACAAGCUCCCUGGAACAACAAUCGCCAUGUCUAGCUACUGCGGUUCUAUUGAAAUUGGAAAACUCGAUCCAUAAAGUUAUUUCGACCGGGCUGUUCCAACGGGUACCUGUGGAUGAUCUUACAAGGAUACAGAAGAUCUGCGAGAGCUCUCUGAAGCAAGCUGAGACUGUUGACGUCAAGAUGGGAUCAGACGACAACGAGUCUGCUAUCGAGGAAUGGCUGAUGAGGGUAUCUUUAGUGGAUAAUGGGUUGAAAACCGCUAAAACGGUCUUACGGAUCAUGGUUGGGGGUAGGGAGGAAAAGCAACUAUACCCGGAGGACCUUCUAGCGAGCGUGUUGGGCGUUGCAAAAAAUCUCAUUGAAGGCACUAUCAAUCCAAUGAUAGAGAUGAGAUCCACUGGAGAAUCUCAGGCUGCUUUCAAAAUUGCAUCCGCCCACAAAAAGGUGUUGGGAGGGCUUUUACAUGAGGUCACAAGUUUGUUCUCGCUGAUUUCCAAGCUAUUAGCCUUAGAAGAGGUCACAGAGGGGACAAUCACAACCUUGGAGUUCAUUGCUGUUGCGGUGAUAUUCAUCGAGAAUGCAUCAACAGAGAAGGAUUCUGUUUUUGGUGUGCAGAAGGUGGAGCGAUUCCGUGUUGCCGCCAUGGAUAUACUUGCGAAAAUUUUUGCUAGAUAUCCUGACCAGAGGACAUUUAUCUUCGACGAAAUAUUGACAAGUCUAGAAAAAUUGUCUGUCAACCGACAGAGCGCAAGGCAAUUCAAACUCGUCGAAGGUGGGAAGAACAUACAACUGGUCAGCGCUUUGAUUAUGAGACUAGUGCAGACGAGUGGGACCUAUCAGGAGCGUAAAAAGAAGCGGGGUUUGGUUACCGGAGAAGACGGCGAGUUCUCCAUGGAAAAGGAAGAGGGGGACGAGCCUGAUCGAGGCGAAACAGACGCAAUAGGUGCAGUUAAUAAACUGUAUACCAUGUCUAACCCUCUGCUGGAGAGUGCUCAAAAGAAUGCUCAAUACGUGGUGAAUUUCUUGGUGCAACGGGCGAUGAGGUCAACUAAAACUGGGGACCAACCUUACAGAGUACUGAUGGACAUCUUCGCUGAAGAUUUCAUUGCCGUACUCGGCUCUCCCGAAUGGCCGGGUGCUGAGCUACUACUUCGAUCCAUCCUCGGGAGUAUGUGCACUAUUGUUGAUGGUGACAAACAACCAGCCCCAGCAAAGUCAAUGGCUUUGGAUUUACUUGGAUUGAUGGGUAGUGCAAUUUGUGAUGUUGUUGUGCAUCUACGAGAGAGUCAUAAGAACAGGGAGUCGGACAGUUCAGCUGAUGACCGGAUAUAUGCUCUAACGGACAAGGUUCUAGAAAGCACUGUAGCAGGCUCUGGUGGAGGGGUUGGUAUGGAAGAGGACUUGAUCGAAUGGGAAGGGCCGUUUAGAUAUGCGCUUGAGCAUUUGAUUGAGAACAGCGCACAUGACCCAAGUCUCCAGAGCGCUUGUGGCUAUUACCUUACAAUUUGGAGUGCUCGAAUUUGUGCCUUUUCUGAUAAAUCAGAAGGCCAAGACGAUGAAGAAACAGAUGAAGUUUUGGGAGAAUUGGCCAGGAUUGCUGCAAAUUUGAGAAGGAUUACACUCGACAAGAGUUGGAUUGACGACGAUUUGUAAGGCGAACACCCCCACCCAUCUAGCUGCAAUUAUCACUUGCUGAUCUUUUUAGUGAUGUUGCAAAAAUAUCUUCGGCACAGAUACGACAAGCCUACAUUCUGACUGUUCUGCAAAUGCCGUUCUGUACGUCAUUUGAACACAUUCUAAACCGUUUGCUCCGUUCUGUAGACGAUAAUCAGGCAACUACGAGAAGUAAAGGUCUCAAAGCAAUCCUGCAGCUCUUGCAAAAAGAUCCCGCUAUUCUUAAGCGACCCCAGGUGGUACCGUUCAUUCUCAAACGGCUAAGAGAUCCAUCGCCCCUGGUCCGGGAUUCGGCUGUGGAUCUAAUUGGUAAAUGUAUUCUGUUUCGAACAGACUUGGAAGAUCAGGUGUACAAGAGUAUAAUUGAACGUUCCGCCGACGCCGGGGUAGGGGUUCGAAAGCGAUCCAUGAAGAUUUUGAAAGACAUCUACCUAAGGAGCAAAAAAGAGGUUGUCAAGGUUGCGAUCGCUGAAGCGUUGGUUCAGCGCAUAAAGGAUUCUGACCCUAGUGUUUCGGUAUGUGAUAAGUCAUGGCACAUAUUGUGCCUGCUAACGGAAAGUCUAGGAACUUGCGAGGAAAACCUUCGAAGAGAUCUGGAUUACUCCUUUCUACACCUAUAUGGGAGUUGAGGAUACCGGGAGCCAGCAGAACCAAACAACGGACAUCAGUCCUCAGUUGAAGCUGGUUGUUAACGAACGCGUGGCAGUGAUCAUCAAAGUCGUGCAGAAGGAAGUAAUGCAGGCGGUGCUGCAUGACGUGAUCAAAUCAGUGAGUUCGGAGAACAUCAUCAGCGCAUUUACUCAAAUACUAAAAUUAGAACUCAGAUCCUGCAUGCCGAGACCAAAAACUGCUCGGUCAAUUUCAAAGUCUGUAAGACAAUGGUGGGUUCCAUGUGCGAUGAUCUGCUAGAUCGCCAAGGAGACUCGGACAAGGUAUGUCGCCCACCCGUCUUUUCGCGCGCAUUAUAAUGUUAACUUUCUACAGGCAGAGAGACAGAGCACUCUUCAAGCACUGACUGUGUUUGCUAAAGCGAAUCCAAAGCUUUUCAAACCAGAGCAACUCAUCAUGUUACAGCCCUAUAUUGAAAAUCUAACCGACCAAGAUGAUCUUCACGUCUUCAGAUCGGUCAUUAUCAUAUUCAGAUGCGCGUUACCAGUCCUGUCCAGUCUUCACUCUGGGUUUUUAUCUGCUGUCCAACAGAGCCUGCUCAAAAACCUCUCUAGACUUCCGCCACUGGUAUACAAAACCUUUGCAAUCAUUUCUUACUUCAUUGCUAACACCCCCGCGCACCAGGAACUCCGAGAGGUUGUCGCUUGCCUCUGGACAAUCAGCGGCAUUCUGAAAAAUACUGAUAGGCUCGUCCGAGUCACGAUAUCCUGUCUAACCAAUAUCCUCAAGUCCAAGGGGAAGACCGUCGAAACUGAUGUAGAAGCUAACCGUCUGGUCCGGACUCUGCAUAUUCUCGGCCUAUUUGGGAAACACUGUCAAUUUGAGGACAAAGUCGGGAUGUUCCAAACUGCCUUCCCCAAGUGGAAGCCGGGGACGGUAUCAGGUCUAAUCAUAGAUACGAUAAUACCGUUCUGUGACCCAGCGACUCACACUCUUGUCCGGAAAGCUGCUCUGGAGAGUCUGUGUCAUGUUUGCCAAACACACGCUAGCCAUUUCUUGCGUGUCGAAAUACUAAAAUCGUUUGAUCAGGUGUUUGAAGUGGGCAAAAAGGAGCUGGUGAAUCUUGUACUUCUUGGUAUCAGAAGAUUUCUGCAAAGCGAAGAAAAUCGGAGCGAAGGGUUUGGCGGUGAAGAGAAAGACGAAAAGAGGAAUGGUGAGCCUCAGGUUGAGAGAUUGAGUCGCGCAGCCAAUGCCAACCAAAACGAUGGAGUCAGUACCAGUUUGGCUCAGAAAUAUCUCAAGAAUAUAAUUCAGGUGGCUACUUCAACCCAGGAUAUUUACGCGCUUACAGCUACAGAGGUCAUCGGGAGCAUACUUAGGCAAGGAUUAGUGCACCCCAAAGAGGUACGCCGUUCCAUUCCCUCUCAAAAGGCUAAUAUCUAACACCAAAUCAGUGCGUUCCUGCCUUGAUAGCGCUUGAAACCUCUACAAACAUCGCGAUUCAGGCUAUCUCCAAUCGGGAGCACCGUAUGCUACACUCCAAACAUGAGACCAUUGUGGAAAGAGGGUACAUGGACGGUGUCCGCGCUUGUUACAUCUAUCAGCGCGAUGUUAUCGGCAAUGAGUCAGGUGCUACGGCUAACCCAUUCACCUCUAAGAUGCAUCCAUUAUAUGAGAUCGUCAGGAGCAGUCGUAAGGUGAGAAAGAAGUUGCUUGGGAACAUGACCAUGAGUGUGGACUUUGAGUCCCCAAAACUAGAUGUCGAUUCCUCGAAGCCAAAUCAUCUAGGCUACUCGAGAUUUGUGAUUGAGAAUCUUGCCUUCUUUGAGUAUGGGACCCUUGAUGAGCUGUACCAAGUUGUGACCACCAUGGAAAGGGUCGUUUCCGGAACCGGCAUGACUGUGGCCCAUUCAAUCGAGACAGAUAUCUUUCUUCUUAAGCUGGAUUCCGGGGAUACCACAGAGCGAAUUAUCAAUCCAGAUACUCUGAAAGUGUUGGCGACUGGCGCGGCGAUCCUCUACAUGUUAUGGGAAUGCAGGUACUUCUUGAGAAAGUCUUAUAGCAUCAAUGACAACAAGAGCCGCGACUACAAGAGCAACAAACUUUCUGCCAAGGACGUGAAUAAGGCUCCAUCAAGAGCGGCCGCCUGGGCCAGUGGCGCCGCCGCCCUUUGGAAAAAAAUUGAGGGGAUCAUGACCGACCUCAAGUCUGACGAAGGUAUGAUGAAGCAGUGCAAAGAAUUCGUGGACCUCCUUACAAUCGACAAUGAAUUCAAACUUGCUGCUGAAGGCGAGGAUCCUGAGGACCUCGAUGGUGAAAGGGCUCUGACACCAAUCCAUGACUUCCAUGAAGAAGGCGGUAUCGGUGGAGAACAUAGUACACCGGGGAAGAAUAAGAAGCGCAAGUUUACACCUGGAUCCCCCGAGAAGGGCUUCAUGAGGCCGAAGAAGAAGGUCAAGUCAAAACCUCGGAAGUCGGCUGGGAAGGAUGAAUGAAUACGUUUUUCAUAUUAUAUUUUAGUCUUUAUACCUUCCGGGUUUAUUUUUUUUUUCCUUUUUUCCCUUUUUUCAAAAACCUCCAUCUAUUUGCUUUCGUAUCCGGCUGGUUUCUUUUUUCUUGUAGAUAUGGGUUUAUUUCCUUUUCAUGUCUUUUCCUCAUUUCUCUUCUGGCUCAUUGCCUCGGUGGGGGAGUUUGUCGUUUUUUCCCUUCUUCCUCUCAUGUUACUCUCUUUUUCUUCUAGUCUCACCUCAUUGGGCUGGCAUUUUCCACCUUUCUCCUUCAAUAUUGGUAAUUCCCUCUUCAAUUUUCUCUGGCAGGUUCGUGGAGCAUACUUUGUAGUUUUCGUUUCCUCCUCUUGCUCCUCAUUAUAUCUCCAAUUUUUGUUUUUUUUUCCGUCCAGUUUUUUCCUUACCUUUUUCGAAAAUACCAUAAAGGAUUGGCUCGGGUUGGAUAUGUGGAUAUUGACGAAUUGACGGUUAGCCAAUAGCAUUGAUUUGGCCUGGGACGGAGAUCUUUUCUUUUUCUCUCCUUUUGCUUGGUAGUUGGUGGCGAAAUUUAUGGGAUUUUUUCUUCUC